GACUUGAUCGUGCACCUUUACUAUCAAUCUUGACUGUACGACCGCGUGGACGAUUGCGUCGACUUGUUUGGCUCAAGGUGUCUCUCAUUUGAGGCGGUCUGUACACGAUUCGUUCGCGGCCCAAGGAGGUUUUUCGCGAUGGCCGCUGCGGAGAGCACCGUGACGCUGUCCAUGGACGAGGUGGCCAAACACAACACAAAGGAGGACUGCUGGGUGGUGCUCUACGGCACAGCCUACGAUCUGGGAAAGUUCGCCAAGGUGCACCCCGGGGGGGCGAAGCUGAUCUUCGACUGCGCUGGGAAGGAUGCGACCGCCGUGUUCGACCCCAUUCACCCGAAGGAUAUUAUGCAGAAGCUGCUGAAGCCCGCCCUAACCAUGGGCGUCGUGGACCCGGCCACCAUCCGGGAGGAGCACAAGGCGAAGCCGCCAGAGAAGGCGGCCCCCGCCCCGAAGACGGCGGCGCCAGCGGUCGCGGACGGCGAGGCGCAGAUAGUGGAGUUCGUAAAGCCGCCCCUCGCCGCGAUGUUGAACACGUUCGACUUCGAGUCGGUCGCCCGGGAGGUCAUGGAGUCGCAGGCCUGGGGCUACUACUCCAGCGGCGGUGAUGACGAGAUCACCCUCCGCGACAACCACAUGGCUUUCCAGCGCGUCACGAUGCGGCCGCGCAUCCUCGUGAACGUUUCGGAGAUCGACCUUACCACCAGUUUCCUGGGCGUGUCGUCCUCGCUGCCGCUGUACUUCACCGCCACCGCCCUCGCGAAGCUGGCCCACCAGGACGGCGAGGUGGCCAUCGUGAAGGCCGCCAAGAAAGCGGGCGUCCCGUACAUGCUGCCCACCCUCAGCUCCUACACUUUGGACGAAAUGUUGGACGCGCGCGCGCCCGGCCAGGAGCUCUUCUCGCAGCUGUACGUGAACCCGGAGCGCUCCCGGACGCAAGAGUAUGUGGAGAAACUCGAGAAGAACGGCGUCCGCGCCCUCUUCGUCACCGUGGACGCGCCACAGCUCGGGCGGCGCGAGAAGGACAUGCGCAACAAGUUCACCCAGCAGGGCUCCGACGUGCAGGGGGACGACGAGGCCGAGGGCGAGGUGGACCGCUCGCAGGGCGCCACCCGGGCUAUCAGCAGCUUCAUUGACCCCAGCCUCAAUUGGGAGGACGUGCCCUGGCUGCAGUCCAUCACCAAGAUGAAGGUCCUCCUCAAAGGCGUGCAGUGCGGCGAGGACGCCGUGCAGGCGUACAAGGCUGGCCUCGCCGGGUGCGUGCUCUCGAACCACGGCGGCAGGCAGCUGGACACCUGCCGCUCCGGGAUCGAGGUGCUGCCCGAGGUCAUGGAGGCCCUGCAGGCGGCGGGCUACAAGAAGGAGGACUUCACCGUCUUCAUCGACGGAGGCAUCCGGCGGGGCGCGGACAUCUUCAAGGCCGUGGCCCUCGGCGCGGCCGCCUGCGGCGUCGGCCGCCCCGUGCUCUAUUCCCUCGCUUCCUACGGCGAGAAGGGCAUCGUGCGCAUGGUGCACAUGCUGCAGGACGAGCUGCAGAUGGUGAUGCGCCUCAGUGGCACCCCGAGCAUCCCGAGCAUCACGCCCAACCACGUCAUUACAAGGAACCUGGCCGACCACGUCGUCCCGCUGCCGCAGGACAACCUGGUGCAGGGCACGUACAUGCCGCUCAUGCCAGCGGCGAGGCUGUGAGCGCGGCGCGGUGCCUAGCGCCACGCCAGCGCUUGGGCCCGCUGCCCUCUGGGCCCAGCGUUUUGUCUGCGGAGUCGCGCCCGCAGAGGGGGGAGGCGGAGACUCAAUCUGUGCCCUUCGCGAAUUCAGCCGUUCUGGCUUCGCGAGGCGCGGCUAAGCUGCGCCCCAACAGUUCUCCUUGUGCGUCCGGCGGCGACCGAACGUUCGGUCUGAUGGGCGGCCAGACGUUAUAUAUGUAAGAUAGCCUCUCGAUCAGUGCCUUUUCAUCGUGGAUGUGCUCAGGGUGGUUUUAUGUCCGAGUCGUCCGUGCCCUAGCAGUAAACAGAGUUGUCCGUGUCGAGUAGACCAUGUUUCUCCGUUGUGAGUCUUGUAAGAGACCGUGCGCCUUUCAAAAACAAUAUCUCGAGCGAAAAAGCAUGAUUACGUCGACUUGUUUGCAGGUCGCGCGUAAGCGCGGCGCGCGCCCCAAUUGCCAACGAGCGCGCACGCAGUGGGAGCGACAGGGGGCUCAC